CAGUGUCAAAAAUAUGAGGUUUCACCGCAGGGAAACUGGUACGGGAGGGUGCCAAUGGCCCAGGUCUCCUUCCCACUCUUUUAAACUGGGCCAAGGGUGCAGACCUCAUAGUGGCAUUGAUCAUGGACCUCUUGAUCAGCCGCCCAAGGAAUCCUGAAUCGACAGAGAGCAAAAGAAGAGCUUUCUUCUGGAUACCGAAGAAAUCCAAGAACUCGGAGAACUCAGAGAAACAACCCCUGCUGCCAACGAGAAACACCAUAUUGAUGCUGCUAUGUCUUUUGUCUUUAUGUUGGUCGCCGGUGGGGGGUGUUCACUUGAUCCAACAACCUGGGAAUCUGUGGGUUACUUGGGCGAAACAAACAGGCAGGACAGAUUUUUGUCUUAGCCUGCAAUCAACUACCUCAGCAUUUCAAACAUGCUUAAUUGGGAUUCCUGUAUGGGGAAACUCCUCUGAGUUACAGGGAUACUUAAGACCAUAUAAUUCCAUCCAGGAUCCAUGCAGAAAAUUCUGUGCAUCAACAGCUAUUAACAUCACACUCAGAGGUUUAGGGAAUAACACUGUAAUCCUUGCCAGCAAAAGGACGGCAUGUGUCAUUUGCACACUGAAUGUCACUCUCCCCUGGGACCCCCAAGAGCUGCAGAUAUUGGGAUCACAACAGGCACCCAAUGACACAUGGGAUAAAAAGGGAGGCUAUUGGUGGUCUCCUAAAUGUAUUGGCUUUGCAAGACUUAACCACGAGAGGAGCCAUUCAAAUAUUUUAGACCUUCUCACACCUCAAGGUCCUUAUUGGAAUGCACAGAAAAAUAGGUCAGAUCCAUUCACUCUCAUUUAUCCACACAAUACAGAGCAAUUUACUUGGGGAGGGUCAUAUUGUGGCUUCCUUCCAAAUAUAUCCACACCAAGGGGAAAUAGCAGUUAUUGUCCGCCUGAACAUUGGGUGAGUAACCCUGGUAUCAUUAAUGUGUCGAGGCCUGAUGGCUCUCAACGGGGAAUAGAUUGCGAUCUCAGCAGCGAGUAUGCAAAAGGCUGCUGUUUUGAACCCAGGGCGAAAGGACAGGGAUCAGAAAAAUACAUCUGGAACAACUCCACUGCGAAGGCACUGCCACCAGGUAUAUUCUUGAUUUGUGGUGACCGUGCAUGGCAAGGGAUACCAGCAAAUGCAGUGGGAGGGCCUUGUUAUCUGGGAUGGUUAACUAUCUUGUCCCCACAUGCCCUCGAGUGGGUGCGCUUGACCGGAAACAUGACUAAAUCUCAGAAGAAACAGAGCAUUCAUGCGCUGGCGUCGGACUGCGGUGACAAAGUUCGCCUUUGGGAACCAACAGCGUGGAUCUUUUCAUCUAUUUUUACCCCAGGAGUUGCCGCAGCGCAAGCACUGAAAGAGAUAGAAAGGUUCGUAAAACAGGCCAAUAUGACUUCUGCACUGCUGAGUGAACCACUCGUAGACAUUGACAGUAUUAGGCAUGCUAUGCUUCAAAACAGAGCAGCGAUUGACUUCUUGCUUCUUGCACAGGGUCAUGGUUGCAAAGACUUUGAAGGGAUGUGUUGUUUUAACUUGAGUGAUCAUAGUGAGUCGUUGCACAAGAAGUUGGAGUGCUUGAAAGAACACACCAGGAGGAUUGGCAUCCAGGAUGGGCCUUCUGGGAACUGGUUGGAGGGUUGGUUUGGUGGUAUUGCACCAUGGUUCAAGCAAUUGCUUAAGGUAGUGCUGAUAGGGCUUCUCAUAUUCCUCGCAUUUAUGGCUUGUGUGCCGUGUGUGUUUCAAUGCUUGCUAGGUUGCUUGCAACAUAUGGCUGAAAAAUGAUUUAUACACAAAUAGAAUAUAUACAGUUUAUAGAUUUAAUACUUUUAUAGGUUUAUAAGGUUACAAGUUUAUAGGUCUAUAGGUUUAUAGGUUUAUAUUGUUGCGUAUUGUAACGGGUUAAGCUUUCUUAGCAUGGGAAGGGGGAAAUGUUGUAUUAGGCGAAAUACGGGGAUCUUAUCGAGAUGUGACGUGACAGGCCCUCUCCCAUAUUCUGGAAGAAUCUUACUGACGUGUAAUACAGUGGGAGUAGACGAAAUGGACGUAGGUUAUAUAAGGUCAUGUAUGCUUCAAUAAAUCGCCAUUUUACCACCCUA